CAAGGCACAUAAGCACUCAGGCGAAGAUCGAUGUGCUUGGUUUCUACAGUUUCCGGGGCGCUUCGGCGGAGGGAAGACCGGCCCCCGCCGUCGCGCUGCAAACGUCGCGCGGCAGGCAUACUUUGCGGCAGGCGACUACGUCUGUAGUCCGUCGUCCUGAAGCUGUGGCCUGUGAGAGACAAGGGCGUUCCGGUGGGUCGGCGUGUCUCUUCUUUCCUGGGCCCCUUCACCUACACAGCCAUUGUCCCCGACGCGUGGAGCUUGCACCUCUCUCCAGCCAUGCCUUUCUUUGAUGUGCAGAAAAGACUGGGCAUUAAUUUAGAUCGUCACAUGACAAUCCAAAGUGCUGAACAGCCCUACAAACUUGCUUCUCGAUGCCAUGCUUUUGAAAAAGAAUGGCUAGAAUGUGCACAUGGAAUUGGUGCUAUCCGGGCGGAGAAAGAGUGCAAGAUAGAGCAUGAUGAUUUGGUGGAAUGUUUGCUUCGGCAGAAGACGAUACAACGCAUGAGUAUGAUCAAGCGGCAGCGGGCUAAGCUAAUAAAGGAAGGGACUUACACCCCUCCACCUCACCACUUAGGCAAGGAGGAGCCUGGACCCUGAGCAGGGCAGCUGCCAAUGGCUGGAGGCUGAUGUUCAUGCUGUUUUCCACUGGAAAGAUUGUUCACCGCAAAGCUCUUUGUCAGAUGUGUAAAAAUAAAGGAAUAUUCCGUCCUA